AUGGAUGUCCCUAAUCAAAACGCAAAGGGAAACCCGACCCCGGGCUCGGCGGGGCUGCGCGGGCCGCGGCUCCGCAGCGCCCUCGGCGCCGUCCCGCAACACGAUGUGAUUGGUCACAACGAGGAUGGAAAUGAGCUGCAGACCACUCCAGAGUUCAGAGCUCAUGUUGCCAAGAAGCUGGGAGCAAUGCUAGACAGUUCUAUCACUGUCCUGAAGGAAUCGUCAGGACCCUCACAAAUUUCUGUGCAAGAGCUCGACUCUGGAGAUGAUGGCUUUCGUCUCUUCUCCUCCUCUGUCCCGGGAGACUGUGGGAGGCCGGAGCCCUGCCCAGCACGGAGGAGACGGCCCUCGAGCUCCAGUGACCUGGACAGUGAUGAAGAAUGGCAAAGGUACCAGGAGGCUGCUGUGUCGGCCACAGACAUUCUGAAGCAAAGUGCUUUUCCUGUCCUAUCCCAAGAUUGCACUGAGGAUCUGAAUCACAGCUGUGUAGAGCUCAGCCAGAAGAAAAAGAAGAAAAAGAAAAUGAAGGGAGAGAAAAAGAUUCAAGACACAAUAGAUGUGGAAGAGAGUGACCAUAUCAAGAAAGAUUUGCAGUAUUUGUUUUUUACAAAUGGACAAGAUGAAAGGCAGAAUAGAAAUAUCACAGAGACAGCAAUGUUGCCAGAAGUAGUGAAGAAGAAAAAGAAGAUGAAGAAAAAAGAAUUAAAGUUUUGCUCUACAAAUGGCAGAGGAUUGUGA